CCAGUUUUAAAGUGACUAUUUUGAGCAAGGCUUCAAAAACCAUUGUUUUUUUAUGUGAUACGUCAAACGCGUCAUAUUACGUAGGAAUUGGUAGACGCGGUCGCUGUUGCUGCCUCAGCUCUAUGCGUAGUUGUGAGUAGUUACCGCGGUGAGCGGUCUUGUAUUCACCCCCCCCUGUGGUUUUUGGGUUUUUCUAAUCGGUGAGAUGAGGUUUUGUAUCUGUGGGGGUUGUUCCAACUCCGACCUCCUGUCCGACCAUCUCAGAUUUCACAGUUUCCCCGAUCGGAGAAAGGAUGGAGCAGCCUUUCGAGCCUGGGUGCAUUUUGUACAGGUGAAGAGAAAGGACUUUCUUUUCGCCUCUGUCACCAAAUACUCGUUCAUUUGCGCGGCUCACUUUAGACCAGAGGACUAUGUUUCCGGGGACAUGAUGGAGUUCAAGAUGGGUUUUCGGAGCGAGAAACGAGUGAGGCUGAAAGCCGGUGUGGUUCCCUCAAUUCAUGCCGCUCCAGCCGCAGCUUCGGGCUCAGCCACCGGCGGCAGUGAAGAUCACGGACCGGUCAGAGAUUCAACGAUUCGGAAACGUGAACUGUGCACUUUGCUGGGAAAUACGGCACGUUUUGAAGCCACAGAUGCGCCUACAGCCAGUGAAGACUCGGAGCAAGAGGCCGUCGCUUCCCUGGCUUCUCAGCCAAAAUCUGUGCUUCACUUUGGCUCACAGUGUCACAUAAGACCUCCUUAUCGUUCAUCAGCUAUCCAGGUACAGACACAGACGGUCAGUGUGGGGACACAGACCGAACUCUGUGUAUCAUCAAUUCCACUGCCCAGUCCAGUACAAACAGAGGAUGAAUCAUCCUCUGUUUCAAGAGAUCAACCAGAUGACAGGUCAUGGAGUGAAGUGGAAGAGAUGAGCGUGUCAUCUUCUGAGGAGGAGUCAGAGCCACAGCAGGGUUCUCAGUGGGACUUCGGAGUUGCAGACAAGUUCAUUGUCUGUCUCACCCAGCUGAUGGCUCUCUUCACCAUUUGUCCUGCCUGUUGUGGGGAAACCCAUGGUAACGUGGAGCAGCAGCAGGGAACAUUUGUUCAGAUCAAGCAAGUCUGUGCAGCUUGUGGGUUCGAGCUGGGGCCAUCCACUUUUCUGGUUGUAUGGCUACUGUGGGCGCCUGGUCUCUGA